CCAGGUGCCCCCAUGGCAGGCUCGGAAGAGCUGGGGCUCCGGAAGGGCACGCUGAGGGUCCUAGCUGCCUUCCUUAAGCGGGGUGAGGCUGCUGGGUCCCCCAUUCCAACCACACCCAGGAGCCCUGCCCAGGAGGAGCCAACAGACUUCCUGAGCCACCUUCGAAGAUGCUUUCCUUGUUCUUUGGGUCGAGGAGCAGUUCCCCUUGAGUCCCCUCGGCCUUGCUCCCUGCCCCUUCGCCCCUGCUAUGGUUCGCAGCCUGGUCCAGCGACUCCAGACUUCUAUGCCCUCAUGGCCCAGCGGCUGGAACAGCUGGUCCAAGAGCAACUGAGAUCCCCACGGAGCCCAGAGUUACAGGGUCCCCCACCCACCGAAAAGGAAGCCCUGCUGCGGAGGCUGGUGGCCUUGCUGGAGGAGGAGGCAGAAGUCAUCAACCAGAAGCUGGCCUCGGACCCUGCCCUGCGCCGCAAGCUGGCCCACCUCUCUGCUGGCUCCUUCGCCCGCCUAGUGGAGCUGUUCUCCAGCCGGGAGGGCAGCCCUUGCCCCAACCGUGCACGCCCCUCCUUGCAGUGCCCAGGGCCCCCGCCAUCUUCCCCGGAGCCCCUGGCCCGCCUGGCCCUGGCCAUGGAGCUGAACUGGCGCGUGGCCUGGUUGGGGGGCACCCUGACUGGACUCAGCGUAGAGCACGUGCACAGCUUCACGCCCUGGAUCCAGGCCCAGGGGGGCUGGGAGGGCAUCCUGGCCAGCUUCCCCAUGGACUUGAACUUGCCCCUGGACUAGCUCUUCCUCAGCAGCUGUUACAAGAUUGGCCUUCAGGCGCCA